AUGGGGGGGACAGUUUUGAGGGGGAAGCUACUCAGAAAGAUCUUUCGCCCAGCUCCAGUAGAAAAUAGUUUAUCACUUUCCUCGACGCUUUCCUUGUGGGCAUCUCAUUUGGGGAGUGAGUCAAAAUCAAAGGCACGUUUGCGUGAUUUCCAGGAUGCCAUAAUGAAAAAAGUCCCCAGUUAUGCUGAAAAAUCAAACGUUAUCACGAGUGAAGGACUAAAUCAAUGGCAUUUCCAUAAUUCGAAAUGUCGAAAUGUCACCGUUCCGACUUUAUUAUUACACGGUUUUGCAUCUUCGUCAAUGUCAUUUUUCAGAAAUUUUACUGGAUUAAGUCAAGAUAUAAUGGAUUUAUAUGCUAUAGAUUUACCCGCUAAUGGUCUUUCAAGAUCUCUUUCCACUAAAUUUUACAGAGUAUCUCCCAAGGAAACCAGAAAAUUUGACAUGCUAGACGAUAUCCAUUUCCAAUUACUGUCACAUGGAAAUUAUCAUGCUGAAAAAGAGCUUAUACAAAAAUGCGAAGACUAUUACAUCGAUACCAUCGAGCGCUGGCGCAGGAGUAAUGAGCUACAUAAGAUAAAUAUAGUUGCACAUUCAUUUGGUGGUUAUCUUUCCUUUAAGUAUGCUCUAAAAUAUCCGGAGUCUAUAAACAAACUCUGUCUGGUUUCGCCACUUGGGGUAGAAGCAAAUAUUUAUUCGAUCAAUAACAAUUUUAAUGUAGGUGAAACAUACACGGUAAAUCGUUUGGACCCUUCUUCCUGCUGCUAUAUUAACGAAAAUGAAAUCCCCAAAUAUGUAUUUGAUAAUUUAUUUAAAAUACUGAGGCUAUCUGGUCCAAUAGGUGCCAAACUUUGUUGGAAUUACGUACUGUCAUCAUAUUCUAGAAUAUCGUCUUUGGAUUUCAAGCGGUAUGUCUUUGAAUUACUGUACGGGAAAGGUGGAAUGACUGCUACAGCAAUAAAUUUGUUCACCCAGUUAUUCACAACAAGGUUAUUAGCUAGAGAUCCCUUGAUGGAUUCAGCACAUUCUUUAUCAUGUAACGGAAUAUUGCUAUUAUAUGGUGAGUACGACUGGAUGGCGAAGAAUGCCGGAAAAUCUCUACUAACUAAUUGUAAGGCGGACAAUAAGGGAAGUGCUUCAAAAACAAAAUACUUAGAAGUUCCAAAGUCAGGGCACAAUUUAUUUCUUGAUAAUCCUGCAUUCUUCAAUAAAUCCAUAGCUGAAUUUCUCUCUGAAUGA